AGGUGUGUUGAAGUAGAGACGGAUCUAAAAGUUGCAGGAGACCUGGAGUUGCCCAUGAAAAUAAAGUUUUCCUAUUUUGCGUAACAUCAGCUUACACUAGGACCAUCUGAAGGAGAACGAUCAGGACUCUGAGUGCAGCGAGGACGGAAGCGGUGGUCGAGGCGUCCGCAGCUCUCUGUCGCUGGAAAUCUACGGCCUGCAGCGGGAGGAGCGUGUUUUCUUCUCCAACCAGGAGUACUACAGGAGGCUGGAGGAGCUGAAGAGCGCCCACCUGAGAAACAUGGCCGACCUGGAGAGGAUGUACAUCAGCCAGGGGCAGGACAGACGUGGAGGAAGGGAGGAUGACGACGUUCUGGGGAGAGGGAGAAACAGUGAGGAGAAGCAAAUGUUCCGGAAGGGUAAUGGCACCCUCUUUGGCAGCGGCCCCACCAGGAGGCUGCAGAGAAUUAAUUCCCAGGAGGAGCUGGACUUUCGUGACACAUCCAGCGGCUCCGACCAAUCAGAACUCAGCGGAGAGGAUUUCCUUGGAGAACUGAGCUGGACUUCCAACCAGCAGCAAACCCUUCAGAGAAAAAUGAUGCAUAGUCCCGAACACAUGAUGGCAAAGAAGAGCUUCAGGUUUCAGCCGAAAGCCUCUUGUCCCAAACCACAGGGAAGAUUGUCCCAUCAAACGGGUGGCAGAGCUCAGUCCGGCUCCAAAGUUACCAUCCCCAAACCCUUCCAGAUGAUGCUGAGAGAAGAGGAGAGGAAGAGGCACAGGGUGCGGACACGUUCCGAGGUCGAGCUGGAGAACACACUGCUGAGGCGAGAGCUGGAGGAGCUGAGAGAAUGCCAGAAGAAGUUCAGAGCUUCGCCUGCGCCGGCUCACAUCCACCUGCCUCUCUAUGAAGUCAUCAACCGUCGCCCCAGAGGUGGCUGCAACAACAGCAGCCCUGGAAGGAGCCAGGAGCCUUUCCAAUUCUUGGAAAGGGAGAGGAAAAAGAGGGAAGCCAGGAUAGCUGCAGAGCUGGGAAACUUUGGUCGGAGAGAGGAGAGACAGGGCUUCAAGGCUACGCCGCUGCCAAGCUCUGUGUACCGCAGCAGACGUGCCAAGAGCCCAAGCCGCCACCAACUUCAAACUGUCUUCAUGAUGGAAAGAGAAGCCACAGAGGGCCAGAGUGAUCAGAGCUCCGACCCGGAGCAAGAAUCCCAGCAGUCUGACGGCUCCCUAGACUUCAGCGGGUUGCAGAGAUGUUCAUUAUCCAAGUCGGUGAAGAAGCAGAUAGAGCUGUCCAUUGAGAUGAAGGAGAGGAAGUAGUUCUUCACCAUCCCUUUCAAAGUCCGAGGCAGAAACGUCUGUAAGCCAAGAGAGAAUCCCAGCUUCUUCUCACUAGCAAGUUACUCUUUUAUCGUGUAAAAGAAGUUUGCACUGCAUAGUUGAGCAGUAGCUACGUUGCUCUCUGUACAAACAGUUGGUAGCUCAGGAAGUAUACAUCUUUAUGAAACGGCAAUACACGGUUGAAGUAAUGCUAAUGUUUUAGAGCAUUAUUACUGUAAUCACAUGUGAUUGGCUCUGUGCACAAUAAAUUUGAUUAAUUUUGCAGUC